CGGGAAAACAUUAAAUUUCAUAAAUUAAUCCUCUUCCCAUUGUGUGAAGAUCAAUUGAAUCAUUAAUUUCGUCGCCGCAGAAAUGGUUUCCUGCCAGUAGUUUUUGCAGUGAGGGCAACAUAACAAGUGUGCCAAUCGUUUUUUCGCUUUUGGUAUUUUGUUGUCGAUGCAUUGCUGUAGCCAAGAGUGCAGUAAAGAUUUCCUGACACGAAACGUAGUUGUCCAUUGAUCCCUUCUUCAAUAACAAGCAUAGACCAAGUGAAGAAUAAAUGCCAUCCUUCAGACAAAAAGUGACCACCUAUUUCCGUCAGCUUAGCUUUGUGUCUGAACGGGACCAACGCAAUACAAUUCAACAAGGCUCCUCCAUAGCGACCGGAAGCUUCAUCACGAGAUACUUGGAGGGCGCCUGGGAACCGCCGGAUCCGUCAUCAUUGAUCCAGAAUGGCAAAUCUCCGGAAGACUUGCCAGAAGUACGGAUUGGACAUUAUGUUGUUUGCCAGACGCACGACGACGCUGCCUACACUGGACCACUUGAAGGAUUGACAGGAGUCAGGCGUGCCAAGUCUCAUCUGACUGCUGGCAUUGCUGAUGAUAUAGACUAUAUCGAUGUACUUCAGGAACAAGGAUCCAUUGCACAAAAGGAAACCCUCUCCAAAUCAACAGUACCUGAACUGGACUCCAACUCGAACGCGAAAAGCUACCACUCCACUUCCAAUGCGGUUGAAAAUCAUAAGGAAUCUCAAACAAACCCUUCGACACAAUGGCCUGGAACGAAGCGAAUAGACUCUGUGACAGCCAUUUCCAAUGACGAUCCCAUAGCUAACAUAACCGAUUGGAACCGUCCAAACGAUGAUGCUUAUGGAAUAUCCGUAUCUUUGUACGAAAAGCAUUUGCAUAAUGCGGGAAACGUAGGUGACCCGAUAGCUGACUGCUUUGGAGUUGUCUCCAGGGCUGAUUCGUGUAUAAUGGCCAUGGCCGAUGGUGUUAAUUGGGGCGAAGGAGCGCGUGUGGCGGCACGUUCGGCGAUUCAAGGCUCGAUUGAGUAUUUAAACUCUGCAAUUUUUGGCAUUCAUCAAGUAACAUCCACAAAGGAAAUAUUUGUAAGUUUAAUUCGUAGCUUUUGGGAAGCUCACAAGUACAUUCUACAAGUUGGAGGUGCUCUAAGCACGUUAACUGUCGCUAUUGUUCUGCCAGUCCAAGGAUCGAAGCAAAGUAUUGUCUGUAGUUGUAAUGUUGGGGACUCGUUAGGAUAUAUUUUCUCGAAAGAUAAUAUUGUACGCGAGAUUACGACAGCGUCUCAUGAUGUCACUCUCAUGCGAGAUAUGCGAGAUGCCCUUGGUGCAUUGGGACCUGUGUAUGGGGAUAAGCCAGAAAUGAGUAAUCUCACACUCUCAAUGUCCUUUGUUGAUGAGGGUGAUAUUGUGUUUCUAACCUCUGAUGGGAUAAGCGACAAUUUCGAUCCCGUCGUUGGUAAGUUUGCGGAAGCUACUGUUGCCAGCAACAGCAAUGCAACAGUUAGUGGUAGCACGAGUAACACCAAUGCUAACUCAAGUAAACCACAGACGAGUCAAGUUGCUGAGAGAAAAAACAUCAAACCAGUAUUGGCACCAAAGCGACAAAACAAGAGUGCACCCAUGCUGGCGCUUGCCCAUGGAAGCUGUACGCCAGAAAUGCAUCCGUCGAAUCCGAACCAAAACCUGCCUCGCACUGACAGAAAGGUACCAGUUCCAGUGAGGAAAACAGUCGCGCAUAGUGCGGCGACACAUGACAAAAGUUAUGGUUCGAAAUAUGUAACACGGUCAAAAACCUUCAUCGAACCAGCUGCGAGACGGUCCAACAAUGUUGGUGUAAAGAUGACGUCCUCGCCGAAAGCGCUGCCUCAGGUAACCGCCCAGCAGAGACACGUGUUGACCCUAUUGCGGAUAGCCGAUCUGCUUGUUUACGGCAUCAACGGUUCAUUGCGUCCAUGCACCAACGCCAAACAGCUAUGCCAGUUAUUGAUCGAUUUUGUGUCAUGCAUAACUGCGGCCAAGCGCAAGCUGCUGGAGCAACGCGAAUUGUACUACAAAGUGGUAACCGGUGCAGACGGAGUCCGCAAAGAAGUUCCAUACAGUGCGCAUGAACACAAGGUAAUACGCAAGCGUAUGGUCGAUGGAACCACUUUCUCAUUGCUACCUGGCAAACUGGAUCAUGCUUCGAUUGUAGCUUAUACAGUAAGAAGACGAUCAUCAGCGAUCGAAUCUGCGCCUGAACAAAUAAUCUAAAGAGAAGAGUUUGGUGAACGAACAUGUCCUAGUUGUGCUUUGCCUACAAUUAAUCAUCCAAGAUGCUUGCAUUAACAUUAAACAAAAACUAGCGGAGCAUGAUGUCCUUUUCAGAUAAUAUUUGUACCGAAGUGGUUUCUCUACGCUAUAUUUUAUUGGGAAUUGACCAUUUUCAUUGUGAAAGUCCCUGCGGUUUUCAGAAAAUGCAAGUGUAUCUCGAAAGAAAAUGCUGCAUACAUGUCUAAAUACAUUUAGCAUGGAUGUUAAAUAAAAAAUUACGGGAAAGACAUUGUUGGUUCAAUUACUAUAUUCUUAGA